GUGUGCUGAAAAGAAAAAUUCUUUUUUCUCAUAAUGUACGGAAUUCAGAGUUAACGAAGAGAAAAAACAACACGAAACAAAAAUCGAAUAGAAAAACUACAAAAACUCGAUAAUUUUUACUCAUUUGUGAUUCAAUUAGUUUAACCAAAUAAUUCUGUGCCUAAAUUAAGUGUUCUUUAGUGGAAUUUUCCAAAGCUACAAACAAGUGAUCCCAACAAAAAAUAUAAAAUAAAGAAGUAAAAAGAAAAGGCUGAAUUCAUAAAAGAAAAUAUAUAUACCUAGGGAAUAUAUAUCAAAAACGCGACUAGUGACACAAAAAGAAAAUGUAUCCAGUCGGACAACAAUCACAAUGGACCUCUUCGCCUCCGAGGCCUCAGAGCCCAUCCACUCAGCCGCAGACUAGCUUCGAUACACUCACAUCACCACCAGCACCAGGUUCAUCAGUGAAUCCCACUUCUGUAACCAGCCCCAGUGCCCAAAAUGUACCAGGUGUUGCUGCUGGAGCAGUGGCUUCUGCCCUGGGUGCCAGUGUUACUGCAACAACGCCAACACAACCAGAACUGCCAGUAUUUACAUGCCCACGUCGCCCGAAUUUGGGUCGUGAGGGGCGGCCCAUUGUGUUGCGGGCGAAUCAUUUUCAGGUGACCAUGCCUCGUGGAUACGUCCACCAUUACGAUAUCAAUAUACAACCAGAUAAAUGCCCACGUAAAGUUAACCGCGAAAUCAUAGAAACUAUGGUUCACGCAUAUAGUAAGAUUUUUGGCGUGUUAAAGCCGGUUUUCGAUGGUCGUAAUAAUUUGUACACACGAGAUCCACUGCCUAUUGGCAAUGAUCGACUAGAAUUGGAAGUCACUUUGCCUGGAGAGGGUAAAGAUCGAAUAUUUCGAGUGACAAUCAAAUGGAUGGCACAGGUUUCGUUGUUUAAUUUGGAGGAAGCUCUAGAGGGAAGAACUCGUCAGAUUCCGUAUGAUGCAAUUUUGGCCCUUGAUGUCGUUAUGCGGCACCUACCCAGUAUGACAUAUACGCCCGUUGGAAGGAGUUUCUUCAGUUCACCAGAUGGUUAUUAUCAUCCUCUGGGAGGCGGUCGUGAAGUUUGGUUUGGUUUUCAUCAGAGUGUGCGUCCAUCGCAGUGGAAGAUGAUGUUGAAUAUUGAUGUGUCUGCAACUGCAUUCUACAAAGCACAACCAGUAAUUGAUUUCAUGUGUGAAGUGCUCGACAUCAGAGAUAUUAAUGAGCAGCGCAAACCACUCACUGAUUCGCAGCGUGUCAAGUUUACAAAGGAAAUCAAAGGGCUCAAGAUCGAAAUUACUCAUUGUGGCCAAAUGAGGCGCAAAUAUCGUGUUUGCAAUGUCACUCGAAGACCAGCUCAAAUGCAAUCUUUUCCACUUCAACUUGAAAAUGGUCAAACUGUGGAAUGUACUGUCGCCAAAUACUUCUUAGACAAGUAUCGCAUGAAGCUUCGCUAUCCACACUUGCCAUGUUUGCAAGUGGGUCAAGAGCACAAACACACUUACCUACCGUUGGAGGUAUGCAACAUUGUUGCUGGCCAGCGGUGUAUUAAGAAAUUAACUGAUAUGCAAACAUCGACAAUGAUUAAAGCCACCGCUCGUUCGGCACCAGAUCGUGAACGAGAGAUUAAUAACUUAGUUAAGCGUGCUGAUUUUAAUAAUGAUUCUUAUGUGCAAGAGUUUGGCCUGACCAUAUCAAAUUCAAUGAUGGAAGUUCGUGGACGUGUUCUUCCACCACCAAAACUUCAAUAUGGUGGCCGAGUUUCCAGUAUGAGUGGACAACAACUUUUCCCUCCUCAAAACAAGGUAAGCUUAGCAUCGCCCAAUCAAGGUGUUUGGGAUAUGCGUGGCAAGCAAUUCUUUACAGGAGUGGAAAUACGCGUGUGGGCGAUUGCUUGCUUUGCCCCACAGAGGACAGUGCGAGAAGAUGCCUUGCGCAACUUCACGCAGCAGCUACAGAAGAUCUCAAAUGACGCGGGUAUGCCAAUCAUUGGCCAGCCAUGCUUUUGCAAAUAUGCCACAGGGCCUGAUCAGGUCGAGCCAAUGUUUAAGUAUUUAAAAAAUUCAUUUAAUAAUCUGCAACUAGUUGUUGUUGUGUUGCCAGGAAAGACACCAGUAUAUGCUGAAGUUAAACGUGUUGGUGAUACAGUGCUUGGCAUGGCAACGCAGUGUGUACAGGCAAAGAAUGUAAACAAAACUUCACCACAAACGCUCUCCAAUUUAUGUCUGAAAAUCAAUGUCAAACUCGGUGGUAUUAAUUCGAUUCUAGUUCCAUCGAUUAGACCGAAAGUUUUCAAUGAGCCUGUUAUAUUUUUGGGUGCUGAUGUAACACACCCACCAGCCGGUGAUAAUAAGAAGCCAUCCAUUGCAGCUGUAGUAGGUUCCAUGGAUGCCCAUCCGUCUCGAUAUGCAGCUACAGUUCGGGUGCAACAGCAUCGUCAAGAAAUUAUACAAGAACUCAGCAGUAUGGUUCGUGAGCUAUUGAUAAUGUUUUACAAAUCCACCGGCGGCUAUAAGCCCCAUCGUAUUAUUUUAUACCGUGAUGGUGUAUCGGAGGGACAAUUUCCACAUGUGCUGCAACAUGAAUUGACUGCUAUCCGUGAGGCUUGCAUAAAAUUGGAAGCCGAAUAUAGGCCCGGUAUCACAUUUAUUGUUGUCCAAAAGAGACAUCACACACGAUUGUUUUGUGCCGAAAAGAAGGAACAAAGUGGGAAGUCAGGAAACAUUCCAGCCGGUACAACGGUUGAUGUUGGUAUCACACACCCAACAGAGUUUGAUUUCUAUUUGUGUAGCCAUCAAGGAAUUCAGGGAACAAGUCGGCCCUCGCACUAUCACGUCCUUUGGGAUGACAAUCAUUUUGAUUCAGAUGAGCUCCAAUGUCUGACGUACCAACUGUGUCACACCUAUGUCAGAUGCACACGUUCCGUAUCAAUUCCAGCACCAGCUUACUAUGCACAUUUGGUGGCGUUUAGAGCAAGAUAUCAUUUGGUUGAGAAAGAACACGAUUCUGGCGAAGGAUCACACCAAAGUGGAUGCUCAGAAGAUCGUACACCUGGAGCGAUGGCGAGAGCGAUUACAGUUCAUGCUGACACCAAAAAAGUUAUGUACUUUGCUUAAGUACCUUAAAAAAAAUACAAUUACAAAAAAGCAAAACACAUCAAUGCGGAGUAUAAAAAUUGUAAAAACAAAAACAAACAUAACAAACAAACUGAAAGUGAAACAAGUUUAUACAUCAAAUCUUCUGAAUUAGUUAUUAACUAUCUUAGAAUGAAUCAACGAUAUACUUUUUGGCACAAUCAGUUAGUCGUAUAUUUCAUACCGGGAGCAAUAUAGCAGAGGGGGAGAUUAAUUGUAAUUUAUAUAAAAAAAAAAAACAUAAUAGCUUUAAGUCGCUUCAUAAAUAAUAAUUAACGCGGCACCGAAUAAUUGUUUAUAUCAUAAUUAUUAAUUUUUUGUUUUAAAUUUUACUUAACGAUUCUAAAGAAAAAAGCAAAUUUAAAAACAACUGCUUCCAAGUUUAUGUAAGGAAUCCAAAUCAAAACAAAACAUACAAACAUUUUAUGCAUCUUACUAGUUUAGUACCUGUCGGUCGGAUUGUUUUAUAAAACAUGAGUAUACUUUCCUUUUAAACUUUUUGUUUUAAGUAUUUUCUUUUUAAUAUAAAUCUACCAAAGCAACAAGUCUCUUAAAACAAAACAGAACAUGAUUGGAAACAAACAAAAUUCUUUAGUGCCACAUUUGCAAAAUGGUUUUCUUAAAAAAUAAGUAACGAGCAUUUACUAAGUAAGAAUGAAUAUAAGAAGAAGAAAAGAGUAAAAAAACA